AGCACUCUGCUGUAGAGAGAAUUGUCCUUCAUCUAGCUAGCAGUUUCUGUGUAAGAAAGAUUUUAUCCCACUGAGGAUACAUUUAUUGAGCUACACAAGUCAUUCAUGUGUUGCAUACAUAGCCUUCUGGCUCUUACAUGCAGUGAUGUCAUAUCUACUCCAGUAACGAUCCUUGUGUAAACGCUGCAUAGAAAUCUAGAAUCAGACCUAAACACUCAGAUUAUCAGCAGCUGUAGAUUUAAAGCAGUUCCUGCAUUCACGACCAGCCUGUUUAGUGUGUCAGGUUAUAGGGAAGCGAAGCUACCGGCAGAACAGGACGUGCCAGUUUUUCGCAGUGUUAAACCAUGCAAUUUGCUUAAUGUGAUCUGUAAUGUUUCCAAUUACACACACUAUACAAGCCUCUUGUACUCUAAAUGCAGUAAGCUGUUUUGGUCUGGCUGUUUCAGCUGCAGGAUGCACUACAGAUCCAGAAAAGUACAUUUCAAAAGGAGAUAUAUUACUUUUGGAUGCAUUUCAUUUUUCUUCACAAUGGUCUUCAUAUACAUUAAUCUGGAUUGUGACAUGGAAGCUGUCAAUGACUCUGAUGAUAGAAAGGUUACAUACUGCUGGAAUCGUUACUACCAGGCUUUAAACCUCUCAGCCAGUCAGGGGAAGAACUGCUCCAAAAUUAUCCUGGGUGACUGGAAUGAGGUAAGAAAAACUAUGUUGGACAACUUAAUUGUUCGAAAUAAAAAAAUUCUUACCACAGAGACAGAGUAUUUAGAAGUCACCAAAGACUGCACAGAGUUUAAAAAGCUGAGAAAGUAUGUUCUGCUUAGUCUCAGUAAGGAGGAAAGAAAUUUCCCCAUUGCCUACUCCAUGGUGGUUCAUGAGAAUAUUGAGAUGUUUGAAAGGCUUUUAAGAUCGAUCUAUGCACCUCAGAACAUUUACUGUGUACAUGUUGAUCUGAAAUCUCCAGAGACUUUUCAUAAGGCAGUGAGAGCUAUAGCUUCCUGCUUUCCCAAUGUGUUUGUGGCAUCUAAACUGGUGUCUGUGGUCUAUGCCUCGUGGUCCCGUGUCCAGGCUGAUCUAAACUGCAUGGAGGACUUGGUGAAAAGCAAUGUCAGCUGGAAGUAUCUUAUAAACACCUGUGGCUCAGACUUCCCACUGAAGACAAAUGCUGAAAUUGUAAAUGCAUUAAAGUUUUUAAAUGGCAAAAAUAGUAUGGAGUCUGAGCCACCUCCACAAUUUAAAAAGAAACGAUGGGAAUACCACUACGACAUUAAGGACUAUGUAGUAAGGACAGAUAUCAAGAAAAAGCCACCACCCUUUAAUAUUCCCAUUUAUAGUGGCAGUGCAUAUAUUGUGGUCAGCAGAGAUUUUGUGACAUCUUUGUUUGAAAACUCCAUAGCAAAACAAUUGCUAGACUGGGCCAAGGACACAUAUAGCCCUGAUGAAUAUCUCUGGGCUACACUGCAAAGAGUACCUGGGAUGCCGGGUUCUGUGCCCAAGCACAUCAAAUAUGACCUGUCCGACAUGAAUGCAUUGGCCCGGCUGGUAAAGUGGCAAGGUAUGGAAGGAGACCCUGAGCGUGGAGCCCCUUAUACUACAUGUACUGGAAAGUACAGAAGACUAGUGUGUGUAUAUGGAUCUGGGGAUUUGCACUGGAUGCUCCAGCAACAUCACCUCUUUGCGAAUAAGUUUGAUCCAACAGUAGACGAUCAUGCCAUCCAAUGUCUGGAAGAGUAUCUUAGAUAUAAGUCAUUUUAUGGGAACAUUAUGUGAAAAAUAUUCUAUUUAUUAUAGACAUUGAAUAUCCCACAGAGAUGCUAAGUGAUGUGUUAACGUCUGUUAUUUAAGUUGAGCUUUUUAUAUAUAUAUAUAUAUAUAUAUAUAUAUAUAUAUAUAUAUAUAUAUAUAUAUAUAUAUAUAUAUAUUAAACCUAUUAAUUUACAUAGUGAACAUUACAAAGAUUUUCCAUGUCUCUUUAAUAGCUCUUUAAAGAAUGCUGUAAAAUAUAAAAGUAUUUCAAUUCCAACUCUAA